AUGCAUUUGGUGAUCUUCCUUGAGCUCCUGGGAGAACAGAAACAUGUCUCAUUAAAUGUCGUCUCAUCUCCUGUUCUAUUUCUUUUUAGGAAGAAAAGUUCAAAAUUCCUUGGAACUGUCCAGGAUAUGAUGCCAGCUGCAAAUGACACCAAAUUCACACAUGCAGUGUUCCUUCUCACUGGGAUACCUGGGCAGAAAGACAUCCAUCUCUGGGUCUCUAUCCCCUUCUGCUUAAUAUAUGGUAUUUCAAUAGUAGGAAAUUCAGUCAUUCUCUUCAUUAUAAAAACAGAUCCAAGCCUCCAUGAGCCUAUGUACAUUUUCCUUUCCAUGCUGGCCCUCACUGACCUUGGCUUAUCAAUAACCACCAUGCCGACAAUAUUGGGAAUAUUCUUGUUUAACUUUAGGGAGAUCAGCCUCAAUGCCUGUAUUACCCAGGUGUAUUUCAUACACACAUUUUCAUUAAUUGAAUCUUCCGUGCUGUUGUUGAUGGCCUUUGACCGCUGCAUUGCGAUCCGUGACCCGCUGAGAUACACUUCCAUCUUAACUCCACCAAGAAUAGCCAAAAUGGGAUUGGUGUGUGUGCUAAGAGGAGUGGUCCUAAUAUUCCCAUUCCCAUUUCUUCUGCAACGGUUCCAAUACUGUCGAGCCAACAUCCUCUCCCAUUCCUACUGCCUGCACCAGGAUGUCAUGAAGUUGGCUUGUGCAGACAUCACCGUCAACAACAUCUAUGGCAUGUGUACUGCACUCUUCACGUUUGGGAUGGAUUCGCUGCUCAUCUUCCUCUCUUAUGUGAUGAUUCUCAAAACAGUGCUGAGCGUCGCAUCCCGAGCGGAAUGCCUCCGGGCCCUGAACACCUGCGUCUCCCAUCUCUGCGCCGUCCUGCUCUUCUACAUACCUGACAUUGGUCUGGCUGUGACACACAGAUUUGGGAAUAGCUCUUCUCUCGUGCUUCAGAUUCUCAUGGGCUAUAUCUACCUGUUGGCCCCACCGCUGAUGAACCCAAUCGUGUACAGCGUGAAAAGCAAACACCUUCGUGCAAGGAUAAUCAAGGUCUUUGUCAAGUGA